AUGGUGGAUAUAGAUGCUACUGCUUCGGGGGGAUCACGUUCCAAACAAAUUCAAGAUUCGAAUCUGCCUAAGAACAACGCCCACAAUGUAUUCGAUGAAAUGACUCAAAGAGAAACUGAUACUAUAAAGAGAAAAUGUCAUAUCUUUUCGGAAGAGCCCAAGGAGAAAAAGACCAAUAUCCAAGCCGAGAAGACCAAGCCAUCUCGGGACAAGGACACCACAAAAGCACCUAUGGAGACAAAGCAACCCGCUACCAAGGUGGCCGAUAUUGCGCCAGAAAUCUCCACCAAUGACCAACAUACCUCAAAGAAGAACAAGGAAGUGAUGGAGGAAAAGGCCCUUGAAUCGGCUUCAAAUUGGGAGAGUUUGCACCAAGAAAAAGCCGAAGGCAAAAAGCCCUUUUGCGUGAACGAUAGUGAUGAUGAUGAGGUUAUGGAGCUCGAACAUCCCGUUCAACCGAAUGUAGAGGAGCAACCCUUCCAAUUGGUGACCAAUAAAAACAAAACCUCGAAGCAUGGUGGAGGUUCAGCCUAA